AUGGAAAUGGAAGAAGUGGAGUCCACUUGGAAGGCCCUGUUCCAGAGGCGGGUGGUGAUGGCGGCCAAGCACUGCCACAGCGUCCACGAGCAGCUCCUCGGGGUGCUCGAGGCUGUGGACGCCGACGUGCAGAACAGGCGCCGCCACCAGGGGCAGCGCGCGCUCGAGGGCGCCUCGAUGGAUCUCGGCCUCGCCGUCGCCAGCAUGGGCGCGGCCCGCCACCUGGCGCUCCGCGGCGGCGCGCCGUGCCCGAGCGCGCCGCUCGACUCCGUUGACGACCUCGCGGGGGACGACCCCGGCGUGUGGUGCGCGCUGGAGAAGCUCGGGAACGCCGCCGCGCUCGCCACCCGCGUGCACGACGGCGUGGAGCGCGCCCGCGGCCACCUGCGCGCUGCCGAGCUCCUGGGGUUCCUGGACGAGGCCACCAGCGACGGUGGCGGCGACGGCGACGGCGACGGCAACACCGCGCCGUGGGAGCAGAGCCCGUGCUUCUGCGAGCAGUUCAGCGGUGCCAUGGCGCUCGCCGAAGCGCUGCCGGAGGCGAUGGACCUCGCCACGGAGACCGACGACGCGCGCGAGGCGGCGUUCGGCUUCAUCGGCGGCGUCAAGUGA